AUGACGAAGCUCCUCCGCGAACGAGACGAUCAGAUUCGAAAGCGAGACGCGGAGAAUUCGGCCUCCGCUUCGCGCGAUCCCAUCGAGCGUCGCUCGGGCGAACCGUACCAAAUGCCGCUUCCCUCGUCCCACCCGACCAAUGAAACAUCGAGCCAGAGCGCGGAGGCGUCGAAGCCGGCGCAGCGCGGAUUGAGUUCUCCGAAAUUCGGACAGAUUUGGAUGGCGGAGACGAUGAACACGAGCGCCGAGCGCUAUCGACAGGAGUUGGAGGCGCAGAAUCGCGCGGAAUCGGAGCGAUUGAAGGAGGCGGAGAAGCGAAACAGGGAGGAGAGAGAGCGAUUGCAUCGGGAGGAAGAGGCGCGGCGACGGCAGGACGAAGAGCGUCGCAAGGCGGAGUUCGAAGCGCAGAAGCGGAAGGAGGAGGAGCGGCAGCGGCGGAUCGAAGAGCGAAUCGCGGCGGAGCAGGCGGAACGCGAGCGAAAACUGGAAGAGCAGCGACGCAAGCGCGAGGAGGCGGAGCGGAAACGCCGCGAAGAAAUCGAGCGGCAGGAGGAGGAGCGAAGAAGGCAGGAGAUGGAGGAAAUGGAGCGGCGCGAAGCCGAGAGACAGGCGUUGGCGGAGAAGCGGCGGCAGAAAAUGCAGGACGAAAUCGAUCGGAAAGAGCGGGAGAAUCGGCGCGAAGCGGAAGAGCAGAUGAAGCGAUACGAGGAAGAGCGGAAGCGGAUUUAUGAAGCGUCGAUGGGGUUCGAUCGAAGCGCGUACAACGAAUCGACGUCGCGAUUGGAGAGCAAAUUGUCGGCGGAGAAGAAGGCGAUGCUGGAAGACCAGCGGAAGCGCGAAGCGGCGGUGAAGAAGGCGAGGCAGCAAGCGAUGGAGCGACUGAAUCAAGAGAAACUGCAGAGGAAAAUGGAGCAGGACACGUAUCGGAGAUUGGCGGAGCUGCGGCGACCGGCGCCGAAAACGAAGGAGGAGAGAGAUGAGCGGAUUGGGAAGGCGAAGGAAACGAUUGGGGAUGGGAAGAAGCGACUGGAAGCGUUGAUGCGGAUGAAGGAGGAAGUGAAGCGAUUGAUUGAGGAGAAGAAGAGGAAGGAGGAGGAGGAGAGGAAGAAGAGAGAAGAGGAGGAGAGAAAGCGGAGAGAAGAGGAGGAGAGGAGAAGAAGAGAGGAGGAAGAAAGGCUGCGAGAAAAGAGAAGAGCGGAGGAAGAGGAAUUGCGGAAGCAGAGAGCGAUCGAAGAGGAGAGGAAGCGGAAAGAGGCGGAGGCGCGACGAGCGGAGUUUGAGAAGGAGAAGGAAGAGCGGAGGAAGAUGAAGCAGGCCAAAGCGAAGGCGAUGGAGGAGCGAUUGGAGAAGGACGAGCUGCGAUUGCUGGAUUGUCGAGAGAAGCUGCUGGCGUUGAGGAAGUUGAUGAAUGAAGUAAAGCGAAGUCAGGGAUGA